GCGCUGUGAGCCCUACCGCGUGGAGCGGGAUCUUGCCUUUGGUACUAGGCAAUUUUGCUUGCCGCUGCCAGGAUCGCAGCCGCCCUUCAACUAUAGCUUGUGGAUGUCAAGCGAGCAGUACUUCUAUGCCAUCAAGCUGGUGCCAGCAGAUGUGGGCUGCAAGCUUUUCAAGACAGAUGUCUUUGUUUUGCAGGCGGAAGCACUCAAGGGCGAUUUCUACGGGUCUUUUCGAACAAGAAAGUUGUCUUUGCUGGCUGGUCUGGUGACACAGAAGAUGACCUUGGCUUUCAGCUCGGUGGAUAUGUCUUUGCAGCUUGGGUUCUUGUUUAAUAUCAUUUUUCCGUUCAAUUUUUGGGCUUGUGGUCCUGCCUGGUGCCUGGGCCAGAGCCACUUCCAGCGACACUUGCAGGAUCGGGCACUCUAUUGCAAGAAGAUUUUGCUUGGCAUGAAGAUGGUCCGUCAUGCUGACUCCAAAGGCAAACCCUUUGAGCCCCACCUCAUGCGGUGUGUCAAGUGGAGCGACAGCUUGAUGAUGGCCAUCCAGGCUUCUGAGAAGCGUGUUCAGAACUAUGCCCAGGGCCCAGGGCCCAAGGUGAAUGUGGAGCAGGACCAUGAGGACAAU